UCAUGAGUCCAAAGGAAUGUCACAUUGAAGAAAAUGUCAGAUUUGACUGGACCAAACACAUACACACACGAGCAAUACACAAGGCCAGCUGACAAUAACAUAACCAAUGAGCUUCUUUCAUUCCUGUCCCGCAUAAAGCCUCACAUGUACACACAUCCUUGCCAGCCCGCUAUUAUGACACUAAAUGUUGAUACAGGCAAUUGCUGAUACGUCCAACCGUGCCAUAAGGUGUUAAGGCCAAAUGUGUUUUAUUGUUUGUGUGUGCAUGGUUUUCCUUCCUCAACCAGUUCGUCCACAUUAAACGGGGAAGCAGUCUUACGUGGGUGUGGUGUGAGGAAAUUCAAAAGCCUUGCACACCCUGAUUCUUUGGUUAGCGACAAGCAGACCAGCUACAAGACCAGUGAGUGCCACCAGGAUACGAUCGACAUACCUUAAGCCCAUUCGGAUGCCUGAGACGACCCGUGCAAAAUAAGGAUGUCCUUAAACACUUUUCUGGACGGCGAUCAGUUCACAUGUUCCAUCUGCUUGGACAUCUUCAAUAACCCGUCUUCCACGCCAUGCGGUCACAGCUUCUGUGUCACCUGCAUCAACCAGUACUGGGACGGGGCCAAGGAAUGUCAAUGUCCUCUGUGCAAAAGGACCUUCCAGAAGCGUCCGGACCUCCAGAUCAACAGGACGCUGCGUGAGAUCACAGAGCAGUACAGAUCCAUGUCUGCAGGGCAUGGGGCGUUGGCGAAGGAUAAGAAAGUACGUGUACAAGAUGGCGCUAUGCCCAGCGAUUUAAUAAAUGAACUGACCAAAAGGCUUCCACGUGUUCCGCCCAAAACGUACCUGAACAGCAGGGAACUAGUCACAACUCCGAUGGCGUCUUCCGUCCCUAACCAAAGUCCGAUCUCUGUGGCAAGCGGAGCCAGUGAAGAGCUUCCAGCCAUUGCUUUACCGUCCCAGUUGUUUGGCCGAAGAAGGUUCACCAUGAGUGGGGUAGCCAGCAGCGCAAACAUUCCCAUCUGCCAGAUCCACCAGAGGGGCAUCAUGAUCAUCUGUCUGACCGACGGGGAGUACAUCUGUCCCGACUGUGAGGCUGAGGAGCAUUCCAGUCACGACACGGUGAAGGUGGAAGAUGUGUGGAUAGAAAAGCAGGCCCAGCUGAAGGAGACGGAACAGAAGAUCCAGGAGAUGAUCCAACAAAGACUCCAGAAGAUUGAAGAGGUCCGAAUAUCAGUAGCAAACAUGAAGCUAGCAGUGGAGCAGGAGACGGCCAGCAGUGUGUGCAUAUUCUCUGAGCUGGUGGCAGCCAUCGAACGCUCGCAAGCGGAUCUAAUUGACUCCAUGGAGGUCAACCGGAAGACCUCUGAGCAACUGGCAGACACCAUGGUACAGCAGCUGGAGCAGGAAGUGAAGGAACUCCAACAGCGGGAAAGAGCGGUUGCCAAACUGUCAACUUCUGACGACUACGUACAAGGAAUUAAGAGUUUCCCUGGGAUCUGCAGCAUUCCACCCACCAAAGACUGGUCUGGCGUGUCUGUGGCGUCUGACCUGGGCACAAGCGCCAUCUACAAGUCGCUGGCGGCUCAGGUGGACAAGUUCCAGGAGCGGCUAAGGAGCGUAACCGAGACAGGUUUUAUUGCCUCAUUGCUGGAAGCCAGUCCAACACGUCCUCAGCCCAGGAUGAGGAGGGUCCAGGAGUAUUCAACUGAUGUGACACUGGACAGCAACACAGCCCACCCCAGAUUGAUCCUGUCAGACAGCAUGAAGAGUGUAAGGUGCGGCGACCGGUACCAGCUGGUUCCGGACAACACAGACAGGUUUGACAGGGUGGUAUGUGUCCUGGGGAGGGAGGCCAUCAGCUCUGGGCGACACUACUGGGAGGUGCUUGUGGGCGGCAAGACUGACUGGGACCUGGGGGUCGCUAGACAAUCCAGCAACAGGAAGGGCAAGAUUGAUGUCACGCCAAGUAACGGAUACUGGUUCCUCAGCUUGAGAGACAAGAACAAGUACGCCUUCCGCACAGAGCCCUCCACGGACGUCCACCUGAACCUUCGGCCAAACAAGAUUGGAAUAUUUGUCGACUAUGAGAGAGGACAGGUUUCCUUCUACAACGUGGACGCUAAAAUCCACAUCUACACCUUCAACGACAACUUCACAGAGUGUAUCUUGCCCUUCUUCAGCCCGUGCACCAACAAGUCGGGAAAGAACGAUGGACCGCUUGUCAUCACGCCGGUCGACAAGUCGGACUGACCAAUUGUUUCUUCCUUUUAUUUCAUAUUCCUAUUUUAUCACUGUCCUGACAUUGUUAGGGUUUGAGAGGGCUGAUUUGCUCGUUAAAAAAACUUUUUUUUUUACACAAACAAGUUUUCGACUAUCAACAUUUUGAUGGUUACUGUGGAUGUGAAAAUGUACAUACCUCUGCUACUGGAUAAGUGUAAAUAAGUUUUUAGCUGUAGAGGAAUGAUGCAUGUAUUGUUGAUUGAGCUUAAUGUUAACUUUUUAAAAAGUGCAAAUUUUGUCACAUUUUGUUUUAUGAAAUGAUUCACAACAUAUUCCUAUCUGACAUCUUGCUUGUUAAACGUUCUCCAAUUGAAGCACAUUUUAAUGGUCUUUACCCAAGAUAGGUUUUGUUAUGCUUUUAACUGACGUUCUUGCGGUUUUCUGGGUGUCCAGCAUGUGUCACAUAGCAGUUACCAUAGCAACGGCACUUUCUUCUUUGAAAAAAAAAAAGUUUAUCAUUCAGGUCAAUAGUUCAAAAAGUGAUUUUAUUUGUAAACAUAGAUUAUUAAAUAAUUUG